GCUCUGCCAGGGCGGCUGCGCCGGGACCGCGUGUCGGGCGGCGGUUGGUGGCCCCGCGGCAGCCAAUGGGGGAGCGGCACCUCAGAGCCGCUGUCUAAUCGGCACGCGGGCCGGCGCCGUGCCUGCCGCUGCGAGAGCGCCGCGCACCUCCGCCACGCACGCCCGGGCCUGGCCCGGCGCCGGGGCGCGCAACGCGAUUGGCGGCCGCGCCGCCCGCGUCGUAAGGCGGCAGCCAAUCAGGCGGCGCGGCGUCCCCGCGAGGGGCGCGGCGGGCCGGAGCGAGGGACAGCGGCGCGGCCGGGGCUGGCGUGAGGCGCGGCGGCGGGAUGAGGCCGAGCGGGCUGUGGGUGCUGCUGCUGCUGCUGGGGCUCGCCCAGGUCGCGCUCCUGGCGCGGGGCGUGGCGGCCGAGGAGGACGGCGAUGAUGAAUCUGUUAUAAAAGAAACUGAUGAUGACAGUGAUGAUGAUGAUGAUGAAGAUGACGAAGACGAUGAUGAUUCUGAAGUUAAAGAAGAAAAUGGUGUAUUAAUCUUGAAUGAUGCAAACUUUGACACCUUUACUGCAGACAAGGACACUGUGCUGCUGGAGUUCUAUGCACCAUGGUGCGGGCAUUGCAAGCAGUUUGCUCCUGAAUAUGAAAAGAUAGCCAAAACUCUGAAGGAAAAUGACCCUCCUAUUCCAGUUGCCAAAAUAGAUGCUACUGCAGCCACUUCACUAGCAAGUCGUUUUGAUGUCAGUGGCUACCCAACCAUCAAGAUCCUGAAGAAAGGCCAGCCUGUUGACUAUGAUGGCUCUCGGACAGAAGAUGCAAUUGUGGCCAAAGUCAAGGAGGUUUCUGACCCCAAUUGGACGCCUCCACCAGAAGCUACGCUGGUAUUGACCCAGGAUAAUUUUGACGAGGUUGUGAAUGAUGCUGACAUAAUCCUGGUGGAGUUCUAUGCUCCAUGGUGUGGGCACUGCAAAAGGCUUGCUCCAGAGUACGAGAAGGCUGCCCGGGAGCUCAGCAAGCGCACGCCUCCGAUUCCCCUGGCUAAAGUCGAUGCCACUGCUGAAACUGAGCUCGCAAAGAAGUUUGAUGUUACUGGCUACCCAACCCUGAAAAUAUUCCGCAAGGGCAAACCUUAUGACUACAGUGGUCCACGGGAAAAAUACGGUAUUGUCGACUACAUGAUUGAGCAGGCUGGGCCUCCAUCCAAACAGAUUCAGGCUGCCAAGCAGGUACAGGAAUUCCUGAAGGAUGGGGAUGAUGUCAUCAUCAUUGGUGUUUUUAGUGGAGAGACUGACAAAGCCUAUCAGCUCUAUCAGGAAGCAGCUAACGGGUUAAGAGAAGAUUACAAGUUCCAUCACACCUUUAGCAAUGAGAUUGCAAAACUAUUGAAAGUAUCUCCAGGAAAACUGGUUGUCAUGCAGCCAGAAAAAUUUCAGUCGAAGCAUGAGCCCAAGAUGCGUGUUUUGGAUCUUAAAGACUCUACAAAUGAAUCAGAGAUUAAAGAGCACGUGCUAAAAUAUGCUUUGCCUCUAGUUGGCCAUCGCAAGCCUUCCAAUGAUGCUAAAAGAUAUGCUAAGCAUCCUCUGGUGGUUGUCUAUUACUCUGUAGACUUCAGUUUUGACUAUCGUGUUGCUACCCAGUACUGGAGAGGCAAAGUUUUGGAAGUGGCAAAAGACUUCCCUGAAUAUGUGUUUGCUGUUUCUGAUGAGGAAGAUUAUUCUUCUGAAAUAAAAGAUUUGGGCCUGCUUGAGAGUGGGGAGGAUGUCAAUGUGGCCAUUCUGGAUGAAGGUGGCAAGAAAUAUGCCAUGGAGCCAGAAGAGUUUGACUCUGAUGUACUCAGGCAAUUUGUGCUGGCAUUCAAAAAAGGAAAACUGAAGCCUAUUGUGAAAUCCCAGCCAGUGCCAAAGAACAACAAAGGGCCUGUGAAAGUGGUAGUGGGUAAAACAUUUGAUACCAUAGUCAUGGAUCCAAAGAAUGAUGUUCUCAUAGAGUUCUAUGCCCCGUGGUGUGGACACUGCAAGAAACUAGAACCAGUGUACACCGAGCUAGGCAAAAAAUACAAGAAUGAGAAAAACCUGAUCAUAGCCAAGAUGGAUGCUACUGCCAACGAUGUGACAAGUGACCAUUACAAAGUGGAGGGAUUCCCCACUAUCUACUUUGCUCCGAGGGACAAGAAGAACAACCCUAUUAAAUUUGAAGGCGGGGACCGAGAUUUAGAGCAUCUGAGCAAGUUUAUAGAGGAGCAUGCCACAAAACUCUCCAGAACAAAAGAAGAGCUUUAGAUAAGAUGAGGGUGGUGAAGAAAAAUUGUUUGUACGUUGUAGUUAAAAGCAAGUUACUGACAAAACCUUGAGAGAAGAAUUAAGCAAGGAAAUUCUUGAGCAGUGAAGUAAUUACAGUAUCUUUUUUUUACAAGGCAGAAGAGUUUUUCUGGACACUGAACUUCUCUGAUAUGAAUGUCUUACCUUAGUUAUGGUUUUGAUCUUUGGAGAAAAAUACAUCCUUUAUUUUUUUGUGACUAUCUUGAGCUUGGUUAUUUGACCCCAGUGCAGCUGGUUUUUAAGUUUAAAAGAUAAUACCAAAAAGAGAGAACCAGAUCCCUCUGCUAAACAGAUUUCUCUGUCUUAUUUGUUGGUGUGGUUACCAGGGGGGAAGUGUUUUGAGCCAAUCUCUCUUCUGUUAUGCUUCUGUAUACUUAUUCAUGUGACUGUAUCACUGUAUUCAUUGCUGAGGGUAAGAAUGGAGGUUUGUUUUAAAGUAUGGACAAGUUAUUCAGUCCUGUUGAGAUAAGACACAGUGACUCACUAACUAAAUGUGCUUUAGACCUGUCUACUUUUGCUCUGUGCCCCUCUGUAGGGAGGGUAAUGCUAAAAUAGCAAGUUUUUCUAGUUUGCCUGUCUUAUUGACCAUAUUGACCCAUUUGUAUCUUAGUCUUCCCAAAUAUGUUUUGGAGUAAUUGGUGUGUGGCAGAAAGAGCACCUAGUGGGUGGUGAUGCUUGGAUCCUGGUAUCAGAUCUGUGUGUUGUUGUCUCUUUUCCUUUUGCAGAGAGGAAAGUUUGGUAGUGAUUCUUUGGGGAAGCAGACUGAGACCUUCUGAUGGACUUUAUGCAGUUACUGCAGGUACAAAGGAUGGUCGCAUCUAUUCUGCACUCCACUUGGAAGUAUGUGCAUUUAAAAGUGGAUUUUGAUCUCGAAUGGCCCAGUUUAGAUAGGUCUCUAAAUUUAAAGGCCAUGUUGGUGUGGCAGGUUUAUGUACUCCAGAAGCACUGUCUGCCUCUUCUCAGAGCUGUGAUGCUGAAGUGUGUGCGACUUAAGUGUCGCUGGGGCAGUUUUGAUGCACAUUUCCUUUUACAGGUAGUGCUUCUCUCCUAGCAGCACAGCUUUCUGUCUUGCAAAAGACCAGUAUCAUCAGUCUUCCUUCAAUAUUUCCUUGUCGCAUUAGUUUUCAGCUUUCUAGAUGGUGUGCAAAUCUGAAACCACCACCCCAUCUUUUUUUCUUCAGGGAAAAGCAGCCUUCUGUGUAGCAAGGAUAAACCCAUGUCCAGGAGGUGGCUAUUGAGGUAUAGUGCAAGUACCCAAAGGGACCUGCAAGGGGGUAUGUAUCCUUAUCCUUCCCUAGCGCAGUUUGCCGUAGGAAAUAGUCCCUUGUUGAAGGGACUGAUGCCUUGACAGGGGACUGUUCCUCACUGUUAGCCUAUACAGCUAAGCAUGAUUGUUGCGUUAUCCUUGCAGAGGUCUAUGAGGCUGCAUAAAGGCUUUCUCUUAGAAAUUUAGCUGAAGCUAGUGAACAAAGCUCGCCAGCAGAUUAUGAAUGAAGGGGACAGUAUCAGAUCUCCACAGAGUGUCAGGGUGUGCUUGAAUGCUAUUCAGCUCCUGUUGUUUAUCAGUAAAAGCUGGGAAGUGCUAAGCAGCUAUUCAGGAUCAGAUCUCAAUUGCUGCUUUGUGAUAAAGCAGUAUAACCAUUCACUUCAGGCCUUGGCAUUGUCAAUCUCUUCAUGUUAGAGGGCUUUUUCUCUACUGUCCUUAAAUGUACAGCUAUCUGUUAAGCUUAGGCAAUGUUUCACCUAAAAGAUUCUUACCAAGUGCAUUAUCUUCCCAUCAUUUGCCAUUUCAGUUUGCAGCUUUUCUGUAGAGCCUUCAAAGGCUGUGAUCUGUGAUAAAUGUCCCAUGCAGGCAACAGGACCAAGAUCAGACUGAGCUGAGCACCAGCUGAUGUUAGUAGUGACUGUUUUCAGCUUUAGAAAGUGGACAUAGCCAGGUAGCAAGUUCUGUCCCAAGUUCUGCCCUGUCUGCCAGUUGAGAUCAACUCGGUUCUUCAAAUAACACUUCAAGGCACAGACUUCUUGAAUCUGUUCUUAAACAUUGUUCAGUUUCUAUCCUGAAGCAAAUACCUCACUUAAUACUGCUGGGAACUAAACUGCUCCUGCAUAGUAGUUGCAGGCUUAUAGGGAUUAACUCCAAAACAGAUGUUGUCUAACAAACAGGAGGAUAUGGAUAAAUAUGGAACAUGUGGAAAGGAGGGUGAAAAGACUGCAGUGAGAGCUGAAGCUCCAUUCUUUUGGGGGCAAUAAGUUGUUUGGUUUUUUUUGCUUUUCUUGCAGGUGCUAACUUCUUAACACUCUCAUUGCCAGUGCUGUAUUGUUUCUGUAGACUGCUCCCUCCCAGCAGCAGCUGAUACCAGUCUGGGUUGAAAACAACCUCUGGGGCCUGCUGAGAGCCCUGGUGGCAAUAGAAGGCAGGAGGCCCAGGGCUGUGUCCAAGGUGUGCUUGCACAGCACUGCAGACACCUUCCUCUUCCUUGCCUCCACAGGUGGAGGCAGCCUGGUACACCCUUACUUUAGGGCUGAGUUCUGUUCUGGAGCAGCAGUGCCCAAGUCAGAGCUGAGUAAGGAAGAGGAAUAACUAGCUGUAGUAUUGCUAACUUUAGUUUCGUGACAACUGUGAGCUGCAAAGGCAGGCAGCAUCAUCCUGGGCAGGUUAUGGGUUUAGAUUGAGCGCUUGAGGGAAUCAGGGUCUGAUUCAUCCUUACACUUGUGUCAUCUGUCCACAUUUCCUGCAGGUCCUUGGCUGUGCCACGCACGUUGGCAGGUAGUCCUCAUAACUGAUGUAUUUAUCUUGAUCACUCCCAGCAAGAUCAUAGAAUCAUAGAACAGUUAGGGUUGGAAAGGACCUUAACAUCAUCUAGUUCCAACCCAUUGCCUCUCAACUUUGGGCAAAGUCAUGCUGGAAAGCAAACUGCUUUCCUUAGCUCUGGUAUCCUAUCCCCUGCUGUGUGCACUAUCAACACUACAUCAACUCUGUGUGAAACUCAUGGGGUGGCUAAAUCCUUAGGUCUGUUAUCUCUGUGGAGAGUUAAAGCACUCUACCUGAAAAGUGAUAUUAAUGAGAUUGAUGCCUUUUAAGGGGAACAAGUCAUACCAUCUUUUUGGGAUUUGUUAAAUGCAUUAUGCAUGGCUGCUUUCCCUUCCCGAUACAUUAGGAUGCUUUCCUAAGCAUCUUAAGCACCAUUACAAUGUUACCUAAGUGCUGCUGAUUAGCCUUGGUGUUCCCUUCUUACAGAAGAAAUAAAAAGCCAAGUGCAUGGAGUGCAGAAGAACAAAGGGAGCUCCCCUCACCUGCACUGAGCCACGGCUGCAUGAGCAUAUGGAUCAUUCCCAGUUAUAGUUCCAGGUGGGAGAAAGCCUCCAGUUUGUGCUUCAGCACAGGACUUUCUGAUUUGUGAGGUAAUAACAGUUCCUGGGUAGGCUCCAAGGGGCUUGGCCUGGUGUAAGUAUCUCCCACACAUGCAUCCUAUAGAAAACAAAUCUUUCUGUAAACUGUAGUACAUCUUUAAGCAGUCAGACUUGAGACUUCUUCAGGGCCAGUUCCUUUCCCCAAAGGCUCAGGGACUGAGAUAAGCAGCAACUCUAGCACAGGUGGUGUUCCAUGAGUGAGUUUGUACUGUGCCUAUGGGACAUUCAAGGUGAAUGUACUGACCUGGGAUCUUGCUACUGCAUUAAGUAGUAGCUUUUUGGGACAGGAAGAGAUUGUUAACAGUAGAGGGACAGGUCUCUUUGCAAUCAAGGUUAUUACUUCUACUCUAAAUGAUUUUAUACUUCAGAACAGUUAAUUAUGGUGAUGCCUGGGUAUGGCCCAAGAUUUGGCUGGUAGCAAGCAAGCAAGGCACUGCAGGGCUUAAACUUUGUGGAGAAGUCUCAUCUAUCUUGUACAUGAGGCUAUGUGUUGAGGAGACAGGCUUCUGAAGAGUAGGAUGUGAAUAAGAAUAUGUGAUACAGGUUAAAGGCUUUUCAGAAGGUAGCAUUAACUGGUCAGACUUGGGUCUUUUCUUUUGUGGUAGCCAUUACAAACUGUCCAUGCUCCAGGAGGCUCUUUGCUCACAGUCUGCAUUGGAAAUGGACAAGAAUCGGAGGACUGAGUAUUGCAGUCCGUAAACUCAGCCCUUGAUGUGGGGUAUUGAGUACACUGAGCCCCAUGCAAACAAGUAUGUAAUGUACUUCGUAAAACUGGUGAAGAACCUUGUGUGUGUUAGGCAAUUUGGCUUUCGUUUGCUGUGGAAAAAGAGUUUCACAACUGGAGCAGUGCGGAGCAGGGGUCUGUGAGCAACUCUAUCCAAAGGCAUUGAAAUGCUGUAGCAUCUCUCCUCAGAUGCCAGGCAUUUUCAGCCAGUAUUACUGCACAGCUUGAAGUAUGGAGGUGUCACAGGAAUCCCUGUGCAUCACUGCAGUGCAUACCAGAGGAGAGCUCCCAGUUACCAACUAUGAAUGGUUCCCCUUCCUUUCCUGCUGGGUCUUAUGGUGCAUCGCAUGAAGCCAUGCAGCCAUGGGCAGGAAAGACAUUUUCCUGACAUGUGUGCUCUGUCUUGGUACCUGUUUCCAGAAUCCCAUAGAGCUCACAAGUCAGCUUGUUUUCUUUCAGCUUCUUAGGUUGCUCUGCACUGAACCUGGUUCCUUAAGACAUAGCUGUAUGUGCUCUCAGGCGCCACAGGCUGAUGUCAUGUUAGCAUUAGUGCUGGGUUUUCUGUAUCAUGGGCAGCUGGUUUUAGAUGAAGCCACUGUGCCGUUAUCUGACCCCUUGCAGCACUGCUUUCUGCAUCAUUCCUGAACGUCUGCACAAGCUCUGUACACACCAUGAAAUCUAAAUUAUCGUGUCUUUGCAGAGGCAAGGUGAGACAUCAUGGGUCUGGAAGAGCUUGGGUCCGGAAGGACAUGGCCAUUCUCCAGUUUCAUUUCUGCACAUAGAGAGGAAGAGAUUUGCUCUGCAAAUUGCCAUUAAUCCGUAUGUUAGAAAGGUGGAAGUUUCAGAAAUGCUGUUUGUUCAAAUCCCAAAGUGUAUGUGGCUUGAUUAACAAAAACAUAAAGGAGAUAAAGCUAGAUUUAAUCAAAUCAUGCAAAGAAAACUUAUCACAACUGGUAACCAAAUCCUUUGAUGGAUUUCCAUAUGCUGAGGUUUUGAACAGCCAGUUGUUUCUUCACAGUGAAAGCUGAUGCUUGUCAGCCUACUCUUGCUUGAUGUUCUCCUCCUUGCUUUGUCCAAGUUUGCUUUGCCUUUCUGAAGUUCAGUAUGCUUUGUCUUGCAACAGGGGAGAAUUGAUCUGCAAUACAGGCUGGUAAAUUGCUGCUCAGAAUGAUAGGAGCAGAGUAACAGAAAAUACAGCAGAAGCUGGGCUCAGAAAAAAACAAAUGGUAACUCAAAUGUCCAUGAAGUCAGAGAAACCAAGGCUAGAAAGCACCAUUUACUCUCCUAUUCUGAUUGCUUUCCUUAUCAGGUCGUUAGUUGUCAUCUUUCCAUAUUCAGCCUAAUAACUUGUAUUUAAUGUAUGCAACACAACCAAAGCUCCACAACUCUUAAGUGCUGAUGCUACAUUAAUAUUGAUUUCUAACCCACAGAAUGCAUUCAGGAAAGGGAACUUGCCUCUUAAGUGGUACUUCUGUGAGUAAGGAAGGCAGGUUUGCAUUCGCUUGCCAUGGGAAAUACUUAAUCUGUUACUUUUGCUAAUGUCUUUGGACAGUAGAUUUUAGCCAUGUAUUUUAACGUGGGGUUUGGCUGCUCUUUUGUGCUUUGAGUUGUUUCUGGUCUGUUACAGUCUCAAAAGGAUACAAUAACUAAAGGACAGCAGGAAAACUCCAGUAGCUGAAUUAAGCCAUAGCUCUUCCCAACCAGCAGAUCUUCGCAUAGGGUGUAGUGAUAGGUGGGUUGAGCUUUGUUCAAGGAGCCUGGAGGGGCAGUAAUAGAGCACAUAACUACAGCAGGUGCAAAUCCAGAGAGGUGUUUAUUGUUCUACCCAGUCCAUUCAAAUGUAAGUGACCUUACUAAUAAUCUGCCUGACUCUGUUUUGCUGAGAGAUCACCCUUAAUGUUCAAUUUGAACAAACCAGCCAACCUUUAAAUAGAAAAACCACAUUUUAAAUAAAAAAAAAAGAAAAAGGU